CUUCCACAACUUGAUGAAGCCAACCAAUAGAAAUGUGAUAAAUUCUUGGAAAGAGAGUGUUGCUUUUCCCCUCGCUUUGAAGCGCAUUAUACAAAAGGGUAGACAGUGGAUUAUCAAGUAAGCAUAAGCAUAUCCCAUGCCACCAUUCCCUUGCCCAUCAUCACAUUUACCAGCACCAUAUAUUCAUCCCCAUCGCUCUUUGGCCUCAUGUUUCCUCUUGCUCUGUGUGUACCAUGUGUCCCUCCCCCUCCAUUUUUCCCAUCUCUAUCUUCUCACACUUGACGUUCACUCUCCCCCGUUUCACCCUCUCUCCAUGGCUCAAACUUCACCAACUCCCUCUGCUACUACCCCCGCCUUAAGCAUCGCCUGUCAGGAAACACAAGAACCGACAGUAGACUUGAACCUCAUGAUCAUCGUGGCAGCCAUGUUGUGCGCCUUGGUUUGUGCCUUGGGCCUUCACUCCAUGCUACAAUGCGUAUUUCAAUGCACGCAUCGUGCUGUGACAGAGCCAAGGGAAUGGGUGGCCUCGCGUCGACUCAACUCGGGUCUUAAGAAGAAAGAAAUGGUAGCUUUGCCAACUUCAACUUAUGCCAACUCAGGCUCACCAUCAUCUGCUUCAGGCUGUGCAAUUUGCCUCGCGGAUUUCUUGGAUGGUGACGAAAUACGGAUGCUUCCCAAAUGCGACCAUCGCUUCCAUGUUGCUUGCAUCGAUAAGUGGCUGCUCUCUCACUCUUCCUGUCCUACUUGUAGGCAUAGGCUCAAGUCCAAUGACUCUAUGUCCUCCUUAGAUCAAAUUGUUACAGCUUUGUGAAGCUGUUUCUUGCUGAAAUGAUGUACUCAUCUUAUAAGUAGCAUACUUUCUUCCUUCCUUCUUCCUGUUAGUUACUUCGGCUCAAUCUAUGGAGCACAUGGACGAUUCUGCAAUAUUUGAGUUCUGGGAUGAUGUUAUACUAAGUGCUGUAAGGAUCGGAUUACAAUUUUUGUACUUUUGUACGGAGUUACCGGAGAAUUUUGGGGCAAUGAUUGUAGUUGGCUCCCUAGCUAUCAUGAAUGUUACCUAUUUAUUAUCUUUAUUUUAAUAUAGAGCUUAAUUAUUAAAGCGGCUUCUAAGAAACAGUAUUUGUAUUUUUCUUCAUCAUCUUUCC